GCCUUUCCUCCCCCUCCGCUUGCUCCGAGGGGACGGACGGUACUUCCUCCAGCUACUCCCUCGGCCACCACCCUGUCGCCUACAAAUCCCAUCCCUUCCUCACUACCAUCUUGUGUCAGACCUUCAAGUCCCUCCCUCGAACCAGGUAGCAUACCUCGAUUGUGAACAUGAGUCUCUCGCGUGUUUGGUCCCUUCCAUUGCGAAGGGGCCCCAUGUCCAUCCCCAAUGCUGUUCCCUCGGCUCCCUUCCUUUCUCGAACAUCUUUUUCAUCCUCUGUGCAACGGAGUGCUACCUGGGGCUUUAUUGGACUCGGUCAAAUGGGCUACAACAUGGCCAAGAACCUCCGCGCCAAGAUCCCUGAGACGGAUACCUUGUUAAUACGCGAUGUGAACGAAGAUAGCAUGUCCAGAUUUGUGAAGGAGGCCGGAGAAGCUACCAGGAGCAGCGGCGCUGGUGAUGGCACAUCUGAGGUCCUGGUGGCCCAGACUGCCAGAGAGCUUGCAGAAAAGUCGACAGUGAUUAUCACCAGUCUCCCGGGACCGCAACACGUCAAGGAUGUCUUCCAUUCGAUCCUGAGGCAAGGUGACCUUCCCACCUUGGACCAAGAGCGAUUGUUCAUCGAUACGUCCACAAUCGACCCAGCGUCUUCCAGGGAGAUCGCGAACGCAAUACACACAACGUGCCAAGGGCGUUUCGUUGACGCACCUGUGUCGGGCGGUGUGGUCGGCGCCCGUGCUGGCACACUGUCGUUCAUGUUUGGAGCGUCUUCUCAAACGGGACAGCUCAUUGAUCGGGUGCGAGCAGUUCUUCUUCUGAUGGGAAAGAAGGCGUGGCACAUGGGUGCCCCGGGUGCUGGCGUCGCGGGCAAACUCGCCAACAACUACAUACUGGCUAUUAACAAUAUUGCAACUGCGGAAGCGAUGAACCUUGGGAUCCGAUGGGGUCUGGACCCCAAGGCCUUGGCCGAGCUUGUCAACUCAUCUACCGGUCGGUGCUGGCCCAUGGAAAUCAACAACCCUGUACCUGGCGUGGUUGAAACGGCACCGGCAUCUCGUGGGUACGAAGGCGGAUUCGGCGUGAGUUUGAUGAACAAAGACCUUCGACUGGCCAUCACGGCUGCCGAGGAGUCGCAAACGCCCCUGGCGCUGGGGGAGAUUUCUCGUGGGGUGUACAAUUCCGUCGAGGAGGAACACCGAGGUAAGGACUUUUCCGUGGUAUACAAGUGGCUGCAGGACCGCUCGCAAUAGUGGGGCCAACUUGGUCAUCUCGGCUGGUACGUGAGACCAUUCACGAUAUUCUUGAUGGUUGGAUGUCAAACUUGUGGUCCCUUCCCCGGGCACUUCCUCUAUCCGUGAAUUUUCCAUUCACUAUCCCCCUUCUGCGUUUAUUGGUCUGCAUCUUCCUACACUCACAUGUCUUCCGGCUAUACCUCGGCUGCUGAGCCUGCUCAGGGAGCUUUUCUGUUCAUGCAUCUAAGCAUAGCCUGCAUAUUUUAGUUACUGUAUUCGCAUACACAUAUCCCAUAGAAGCCCUCAAUCAAUCAAGCAGGCCGGAACAGUCAAUCGAAAUAUCUAUCCUUCACGGAAGCAAAC